AUGGAGGAGCUCAAGUUUGAUGCAGCAAAGAUAUUCAUUGCCGUUGCGUUUCUAGCUUUCGCCGGACUGUUGGUACGCCUGUAUAAUGCGCUGGUGCUGAAGCCUGACAGGCUUCGAUCUGCACUGAGAAAGCAAGGCAUCACCGGACCACCGCCGACUUUACUACUUGGAAAUAUUUGGGAGAUAAAGAAGGCCCUAUCCACCAAAGUUAAGGCUCCUGCCAGAGAAAUCCCCGUCUACCAUAACUGUGCUGCUCUCAUCACUCCAUUCUUUGAGCAAUGGAGGAAACAAUAUGGUGAUUUAUUUGUGUUUUCUCUGGGAACCUCACCAAAAAUAUUCAUAAACGAACCUGGCAUUUUGAGAGAGAUAACCACAUGCACAUCCUUGGACUUUGGGAAACCAUCGGCACAGCAAAAAGAGUUUGGUCCUUUGCUUGGUCAGGGCAUUAUCAGUUCAAAUGGGGCUACAUGGGCCAGGCAGAGCAAAAUCCUUGCUCCUGAGUUUUACAUGGAGAAGGUCAAGGGAAUGAUAAACUUAAUUAUUGAGUCGACCACCCCACUGCUAAACUCAUGGAAGAGUAGGAUUGAGACUGAGGGUGGAGUUGCAGACAUACACAUCGACGAUUACCUAAGAAGUUUCUCUGGUGAUGUGAUCUCAAGAGCCUGUUUUGGCAGCAACUAUGCCCAAGGGGAAAAGAUUUUCCUAAAACUAAGAGAUCUAAUAGGGGCCGUGUCGACGUCAAGUAUGUCCACUGGGAUACCUGGCUUAAGGUACCUUCCCACGAGAAGCAAUAGGGAACGAUGGAGGUUACAAAAGGAAAUCCACAGUUUGAUACUAGAGGUAGUCAAGGAGAGACAGAAAGCCUCUAAUCAUGAGAAGGAUUUUCUCCAUAUGGUUCUUGAGGGAGCUAAGAAUAGUGACUUGAGCCAGGAGGCUACCGAAAGUUUCAUUGUUGACAAUUGCAAGAACAUCUACUUGGCUGGAUACGAGACCACUGCAAUUUCUGCCACAUGGUGCCUCAUGCUCUUAGCUUCGAAUCAAGAAUGGCAAGACCGUGUCCGUGCUGAGGUUCUAGACAUUUGCCCUUGUGGGACACCCGAUGCUGAUAUGCUUCGUAAGAUGAAACAGCUAACGAUGGUAAUACAUGAAUCGUUGCGUCUUUAUCCACCUGUCCCUAUGUUGUCUAGGGAGGCCUUGAAGGACAUGAAAUUGGGGGACAUUAAUAUCCCAAAGGGUGUCGACAUUUGGACAGUGUUGUCGAUAUCACAAACUGAUCCAGAAAUAUGGGGACCGGACGCCUUAAAGUUCAAUCCAGCUAGAUUUGCAAAUGGAAUUAAGGGUGCUUGCAGUCAUCCGCACUUGUACAUGCCAUUUGGAUUCGGGCCCCGCGUGUGUGUUGGACAGCACUUGGCCAUGGUCGAACUCAAGAUACUGAUAGCACUACUUCUCUCCAACUUCUCUUUCUCCCUCUCCCCAAAGUACAAACAUGCACCUACUAUUAGCAUGGUCUUAAAACCUGAAAAUGGAGUAGAUCUCUUGGUGAAGAAGUUGUAA